AUGCACCCGUUAAAUCCUUUUCUUCGUGCCUUCUUUCGAAGCACGGUCCCUGGACAGUGUGUCCCGGUCGAAAAUCAUGUGCUCCUAGUGCCAACUACAGAGUCUCUGUUCGGAUCUCGAGACAGAGAUUCCAAUGCAUAUUACUCAGACCUCGUCUCCUCGGAAGAAUUUCUUGGAAGCCAUGUUCUACGAAUAUCAAAUCCGCCCGGUCCGUCGCAUAAACCAGACGCCUCUAACGCCCGAGACUCGCGGGCCAAGGCAAAACAAGUAACGACAGUCAAUGGCCGUACGGUAAUAGUCAAGGACAAUUCAGUGUAUAGCAACAAAGGAUUUAAAUCUCUUUGCCAAGCUCAAAUCCUAUCCGAUGUCCUGUAUCACACGCCGAACCAUAAUUCGCAGCCAUGGCUCAUAUAUUACAUUUCCAAACCCUUAAUCGGGACUUACGACCCUGGAAGAAUAGUCCCCGCGGUUCCUUCGGGAAACCUCCGGACAGCCGCUACUGAAAUUUCCAAUCAAAAUGCUGGAGAUACGUCGAGUAUUCAGAAAAGGGAUAUCAAGUCGUUUGCGGAGCUUCUGUCACAAUUCCCGAUGAUUGCAAGACAGAUGCAGCCAGGUCUCGACAGAUUGUUUCGCGAAUUUGGCAAGGAGCUCGGGAAACCUCUACCACCCCCUCCAUCGGAGUCACCAGCUUCUUUGAACAAAACCGAGCAGUGGGAAUUUGGGGGGAACGAUCCGUCACAAGCAGACAGAUUGCCCUUCAACUCGGAAGAAUACUUCGUCGAUGAUGAAGAUCUCAUGCGCCGCAGUCUAGAAACGGCUGUUACAGCCGCAAUUGACCUUUUCCGUCUAGUUGACAAACAGCAGCUCUCACUACUUGGUGCCACUACCGACCUAACUGGACCUUUAGUGGAGCGACUGAUUGAGAGAUAUAUCGCGCAACAGGUUCACGAGACGCUCCUGUUUCCUCGCCUUUGUACCUUUCGUCGAGCAGAGGAUGUUGAACUCGACACAAGGAUCCGACAAAUCGAGCACAUCGAUGUGUCUCAGGUGGGUAUCGCUAUAGAAGGGGGUCUCUCCGGCAAGAAGGAAUUAAUGAACCGACUCAGUAGAGGUGUGGAUGAAUUCCGAAAGAUGACUGAUGCGACUUGUCCGCAAGAUAUGCUUGAUGUUCUGUUGGCGACAAUCAAGGCCAUUACAAUAGCUGAUGGACCGGACGGAUCCUUUGACUCCUCAGAGAAGCAGGCAUCUGCUUUUACAGUGAAUGCAGAUAUCCUAGUAUCCAUGCUCCUCGUUGUGGUAAUCAGGUCUCAGGUUCGUCGACUUCAGGCUCGACUUCUCUAUAUGCAACAUUUUAUUUUUGUCGAUGAUGUUGAAAGCGGAGAGAUGGGUUACGCUUUGAGUACUUUGGAGGCAGUCUUGACCUACUUGGUCAGCGAUUAUGCUCCGCUUCGCAAGGCCAGCAUGCGUAACAAACGACUCUGGCAGGCAACGAAGACUGGCAACAUAAAAGAAGUCAGAUCGAUUCUGGAACCAAAUGAGAACGGGAACGAUGAAGAUUUUCCUCUAUAUGGCCAUAAUGAUUUCAACCUGGAUACACCUAACGGUGAAGCGAACAACUCUCCGCCGCUUGAACAACAAUCCAUCAGAUUUGUCCUUACCAAUGGAAACUCGCCUGAACCGCACGCAGAGACCGAACUGGAAAGCUCGCCUUUAGAACCUCCGCCUUUAGCCCAUGUAUUUCCAUUCCAAACUUGGACGCAACCCGACUCAAGCAACACUGCUAAGCGACCUCGUAAAAGAGUCUCCAUGGACGUGAGCAGUAUAUCAGGUUCAUCCGUGAUAUCUCUGCUCUCCAGAACAACAACGAUCGCCUCAACAUUCAGUGGCAUUGAAGGCGACACUUCGAUCGAAACACUGAGUCAUACGCACGAUCCUGCUGGUGAUUCAGUACCAAUGAUGGCAGUUGAAAGCCAUCAACCUGGGGUCCUGAAAUACCUUCUCAGUCUGCAAGAAUAUUACUCAAUCGACGUCAUUCUUGAGGAUACGAAUCGAGAUGGCACUACACUACUCAGUGCAGCGGUUCAACACGCGAAUAGAAAGGUAGUCGAUAUUAUUACAGACUUUCUGCUAGCUGAUGCAGAUAUACAUACAAUAAGCAGCUAUCUGGAAAAAGAGGAUGUAAGAGGACGGACGGUUGCACACUACCUGUUCAGUGCCCCUUAUCUGAUGUCAUCGCUGGGAAGUCUUUUACCAUGGCAGAAAAAGGAUAAACAUGGACAGACUCCUCUUUUCGCGAUAUGCAGGUCGUACGAUCACUCCAAUUAUCAAGACAUGGUGAAUGAGGCUUUGACAGUAGCGCAAAGGGCUCAAGAUGAUGGACAGCCUCUCAGAAUCGGCGACCAUGUUGACUUGAAAGGAAACACGUUGCUACAUAUUGUUAGCGAUCCUGCGAUUAUCACGCGAAUCCUAACUGAAUGUGACUGCGACCCGAAUGCGACAAAUGAGAAGAAGUUUACGCCGUUGAUGGUGGCAAGCAAAUAUGGUCGAGUGGACCUGAUGCGGAGACUCUUUGCUGAUCCAAGAGUUGAUACUCACAUUACAGAGAGUCGGGGCUUAACAGCUAUUGAACUUGCAAAAGACGACGAGGUACGAAACAGGAUUGACGACAUGAUUCUAUUUCUGAAUCCUGCCGUGAACUCUGGAGAUGCCACAGGCCGAAUCACCACGGUUGUACGUUCGCUCUUCGUUGAAGACGCGACUGUGAGAUUUAUAUUGAAGUCGGGGGCCCAGGCUCCCCUUGAUACGACUGCUAUCAAUGGCUCAACUACUUACACCAUCACCACUUGUCGACGGUCAUUUGCCGAUUUUGAACACCUGGCUAGGUGUCUGGCAGUAGAGCACCCGGCGUCCUAUAUCCCGAGCAUAUCUGAGGCUCGAAGUCCUUUCCAGAUCCAUUCCAAGCCAUCACGCGCCAUUCUUCAUGAUAUGCAAGGGCGUCUCGACCAAUUCUUGAGGAUACUUCUGACACACCCAACCUUUGCUACGCAUGAAAUGCUCUGGGAGUUUUUCCUCAUGCCCGAAUUGCAACCCGAAAUGAUGAUUGAUAGAUCCCAGCGCAAAGCAUCGGUGCUUUAUGAAAGCAUUUAUGAUGACUAUGCACCUAUCACCCCAGAUGGUAUCAGAGAUACGGAGCAGUUCGUAGCCCAUGCCCAGGAAGUUGUACGAGCUGUUCAUGCCAAUACACGGAGCGUCAUUCGGCGAGGAUACUCGACACAGCAUGCAGCAUUUGACUUUGGAGAUGCCGCGGGUCUGUGUGCCUCUAUUCUCUCGACAUUCAAGCCACCUUCUAACGCCAUCCCUGUCUCGCAUAUUGAUACUUUUGCACAAUACGCCGCUGCUAUGAGCACAUCUUCUUCAGACUCGUCACCUCUCCUUCAAUUCCUUACAACCAUCACGUCUAUACAAAGCACAACGACAGCUGUGUUGAACGCACUGUCUCGUCCUGGCAGACUCAUAUAUACCCUCUCAUCAACAAACCGCAACCUGUCGCGAUCCCGCUCAUCUCUGGCAUCCUCGUCACUACCGAGAAAGUUCAACCUCAACCUUUCUGUUCUGGAAGAAUCCAGACAAAAGAACAUACGAGAACUUGAACAGAAAAUAAAUGACUCGGAAGCCCAGGCAUCACGAUUAUCGCGCGAGAUAUCAUGGAAUAAAGAUGUGGUGGUUAGUGAGCUUGCUGGCUGGACGUCCUGGAGAGAAAACGUUGGUCGGGAUGCUAUUCGAGCAUUUGUCAGAGCAACUGUUGUGCAAGAGAGGGAACGUGGGCGACGACUGGAAAGAUGUCUACGGAAUAUCAAAGAGUUACCAUUUUCGCCGAGUUCGGCAACAUGA